ACUUAGCAUUAAACUGAGCUCCUCUCCAGCCCCGAGCCAGGAGCAGCUCUCAAUACCCGGGGAGGCACCGGAGCACUUGAGCUAUUUCAGCCACAUGAAUAGCAUUGGAAUUGAGAUCGCAGCUCAGAGGACACCGGGCAUCCAUCCCUUCCAGCUUCUGAGAAGCAUUGUACUCUUGCACCUGGCUCUUUGGGAAUUGCCUUAAGGAGUAAGCAGAUCAAUAAGGCAGGGAUAAGACCACGUGAAUAUGUCCAAACAGCCAGUUUCCAAUGUCAGAGCCAUCCAGGCAAAUAUUAACAUCCCAAUGGGAGCCUUCCGGCCAGGAGCUGGACAACCCCCCAGAAGAAAAGAAUGUACCCCUGAGACUGAGGAGGGUGUUCCUCCUCCUUCAGAUGAGGAAAAGAAGACAAUUCCAGGAGCAAAGAAACUUCCAGGACCUGCAGUCAACCUAUCGGAGAUCCAGAAUAUUAAAAGUGAACUGAAAUAUGUCCCCAAAGCUGAACAGUAGUUGAAAGAA